UUGACAUUGACAUCAGUUUGCUACUUAGGAAGUGAUCUAUUCUCUAAUUCUCUGUAUAUACACAUCACCAAAUAAUAAUGCAAAUUGAAUUGUCCAGAAAAAUUAAAACAUAUCAAGAAUAAAAAAAAUACAAAAUUCGUAGGUGGGGGGAUAAAAUCAUUAGUCAUCGGAUAGUGAUGAACUGCGAUUCAUCGUGCAACUGUAUUCCUUCUGCGAUUUAUUACGUCAUCGUGAUAUACAUAUUAUUAAAAAGCAUAUAAAAGUAAAACGAAAUAAAUAAAUAUUCUCAUAACAAUGAAGUGGUUUACGGGAAAUGUCACGGAGGCGGUUAUGACAUCAAAGUCAAGGAAGGCAGUUUUUGUUGUAUUUAUUGAAGGUAAAGAUGACAAAUCAGCACAGCUUGCUCAAACAAUUGAUGCUGUAGAAGUGUCCUCUCGCUUAGAAGAAGAUUAUUUUGUGGCUAUAAGAUUGGAGAGCGGAUCUGAGGAUUACAGCUUCUUUGCACAGAUUUAUCGAUUUGUGCCAGUACCGUCCUUAUUUUUCAUUGGAGAAAAUGGUAUACCACUGGAAAUUGUUGGUGAUAACAUAACUGCUGUCGAGCUAGCAUCAAAAAUCGAUAGCAUAUUGAUAAAGGCAGGAAAGGAUAGUAAACAAGCUUCGUCAAACUUUAUUGAUGCAGAAGAGAGAGCUGCUAGUGUCAGUAGCACUAACGCUACUGGAGGUUCUGUUGCAUCUGAUAUAAGUGACAUAAGUAAUAACUCUAAUCCAAACAUAGAUUUAGCUUCAACUGUAACAGAAUCUGUGGAUAACAUUUAUGAUAACAAAGAUGUUAUAGAAAGUGAAACUGUAAAUACAGAGAACCAAGACAAUAAUGAGGCAUCAAAGAAAAAUGUUGAAACUAAACAAGCAAGUCAGAAUCAGGAACUGACAGCCGAAGAAAAGCUGGAACGAGCACGACAGUUGAUUGAACUGCAACGAAAACAACGAUUAGAGGAAGAACAGAAAAAGGAUCGAGAGCGCGAAAUUGAACGGCGCAAAAUGGGACGCGAUGUACAAAAAAUGCGACAGUUGCAGCAAGAGCUGAAAAUAAAGCAAGCUGUUGAGGAAAGGAAGCGAGCAAAGGCUGAAGAGAACGCAGCUCGCGAAAUCAGACAACAAAUUGCUCAAGAUAAGCUAGAACGGAAACAAAAGGAGCUUGCACUGCAGCAACAGAUGCAACAGCAGCAAAGCCAAGAGCAACCUAAAUAUAUUCCAACAUCCAAUGUGACUGUGACCAGAAUUCAAUUCAGGUUACCAUCUGGCUAUUCUCAUACAGGACAGUUUGAACCAUCUAGUACUCUGGGUGCCUUGCGCAACUAUGUUGUAGAAAACAUCGAGUUGCCCUUCCGACAAUUUGCCAUGUCAAUGUCAUUCCCAAGAAGAGAAUUAACUAACGAGGAAAACAAUAAGACUCUUCUGGAACUUGAAUUGGUCCCAUCUGCCGUCAUUUUAAUUCUUCCUUUGAAAAAUUCUAAUGUCACAACAGCGGUCACUUCGACGCAAGACGUUGGCUUCUUCUCGCGCUUUAUAUGGUCCUUCUUUACUCCCGUUAUUCGUAUUUACAAUUAUGUGGUAGGCUACUUUUUGGGCACUAAUGGAGACGCGAAUCAACAACGUGGUAAUUCCGCUGACGAUGCCACAGAAGCGACGAAUAACCCCGACAGAGCCAUUUCACCGAAUCGGCGAAAUGUAGUUCAGUCUUCGGGUUUAUUUAGAAGAUACUUGGGUAAUCAAGGAGGGACAACUAUCAGAGCACAAGGGAAUAUACACAGACUACAUUCAGGUGGGGAUGAUAAUGAUGAGAAUAAUACUUGGAACGGUAACUCCACGCAACAAAUGUAAAGUAAUUCUGCUUCUCAAGUCGGGUCACAAAUAAGUCACGUUUAAUCGAUAUCACUAUUCUCGGUAUAUAAAUUGCUGCAUUGUAAUUAAAAUAUUCAACACUUUUCAUUCUUUUUGUACACUCUUUGUUGUACAAUAAUGCUAAAAUUUAUCGGCAAUUUUUUUGCACUGAGCGAAUUCUAUUAUAAUGUUUAAAUAUUAUAUACAUCAAUAGUGGAUCGCGAAAGAGAGAG